UGCAUAAAAAAAAUGAAAUUGGCGGGAACCGAAGUUUUUUAACAUUCUGUUAUUUCUGUUACUUUCUGUUUGGUUUUCGAUUUCUUACCAUGACGGGAGUACAAAAAGUUUGUUUAAAUAAUUUAAACAUAAACAUUAAGAAUGCUUUUGUGAUUGGCAUAAUUAUAGCUAAAAAAUGUCCAAGAACCUUUAGUCCCAAAGAGAAAAGUAGCGAAUUACGAGGUGUGAUGUCUUUCACUAUAAGGGAUUCCCAAAUUGAUACAAUAAAUGUCGAUGUGUGGGGUUCAGAUAACUUUGUAACGACUUUUUAUAAUAGAUUCAUCGUUGGAGAUGUCGUUGAAAUUUAUUCGCCAAAAAUUUGCGUCAAAAGUGUGGCAGAUGAUUUAUUUAAACCACAGGUAUCAUCUCCAUUUUACCUAUCUAUCAACGAAGGAUCCUCCGUCGUGAGUACUUUCAGUGGCGAUACAGGUGCGUAUUUACCGCUUCUCCAUAUUCCGAGUAAAUCAUCAGCGGGCUGUGGUCUCGCUGAAGUAAUGACAUUUACUGAAGGAAAUGGAAAUAUUUAUGUAGACUUGUUAGUUGUUGUGAAAUCUGUGCAACCUGUGAAGAUGAUAAAAACUAAACUCGGUGUGGAAAUGCCGGUACGUGCUGUAGAAAUAGUGGACAACACAACGCCCGCUUCUCUCUAUUUGGAGAUGUUUGAUACCGAUACUAUUCAAAGGGCGGAGGAAUGGCGUCCAUUAGGAAGCGUGUUGUUUAUCGCGGACGCGCGCGUGUCGUGGCGCGGUCGUGGCGCGCGGACGCAGGUGUGCGGGCGCAGCGUCGUCACGCAUCAGCCGCACACUUCUAACGCUGAGGCGCUCAGACUCUAUAUACAAGACCGAGCUGCGGGUGGUGAGGCGGCCGCGUGGUCGGAGUGGAGCGGGCAGCGCGCGUGCGCCGCAACCGUGGAGCAGGUGCGCGACCGCCUCGCUGACGGCGCGCCCUUCUGUGCCUCGCUUCAUGCUCUACUCACACAUCUCGACUUAGACGAUCUGAUUAACUCUACGGACAAUAACUGUGAAGAGUUAAGAGUGCGCUUCGCCGAUCACACCGGGGAACUGACCGCUCGUCUUCCAGCAAAUAUUUUACAGAACACGUUAGGUUACACGACGCAACAGUUAAAAGCGAUGUCGUCAGAAGAACGGGCAGCUGUCCGCUGGCGCCUGCUGCUGGAGCAGUGCUGCGCCAAGUUGGCCGCCACGCCGCAUCGCCUCAUCGUGCUCUCUCUGCGCAAAGCCAACCCUGCCGACCCUAUACCACUUUACUAAGUUUAAUGUUGCCAUUCAUUGAUUCCUUAAUAAACUCUAAUGUAGGCUAAUUAAUGACGAAAACCUUUUCGUUAUUGUCUAAACAUAGACGUAAAUAAAAAAAUUACUUACUAAAGUUAUUUUAUUGCUCCUUUUCAAAGAUUCAUACAUUCAUAAAAGUGAACAUAUUUAGCUUUUGCAAAAACACAUACAUUUUUAUUCUAUUCGUACAAACCAAUUUAAUGAUCAGAAUAAAGAAGGAGUAAGAAAUAUAAAGGUAGUACCUACUAGUGAUGUAACGAAUAUUCGCAUUCGCAUUCGCCAAUAUUCGCAUAUUUUUCGAUAUUCGCAUUCGCAUUCCUAUUCGCAAAAAACGAUGCGAAUAUUUAGCGAAUGUAUUUAACAAACAAAAAGGAAAUUAUUAUAUGGUUGCAUAUGAAAUGAUAACACAACUGAUAAGAUUUAUAUAUUUUUAUUUAACCAUACUUGAAUUAAAAAAAAAUAUUAUGGAACAGUCUUGGUAAGCAACUAAAUUAGAAACACUUUCUCUUUUGUUCUUGUUAGUCUAAUUAAAAUAUUAACAAAAUCACAACUUAACUCCACCACAGAAAAAAUAAUGAAUGUCCAUGCCUUACAUAUAUUUUGAAAAAAAUCUAAUUCUAAAUUCAAGUAUCUUUUGUGAAAACAGAACUUCAGAGAUCCAAUCAAAUCUAAGUAUAAUAUUAAUUUAUAACCUUUUUGGCUUUAAUUAU